UUUGCCCUCUAAGGCCUUGAGCCUUCCUCUAUCUUGCUCUUUCUCCUCUCAUGGAGGUAGAACAAGUUCUCCCUAUGACCAAUGUCGACAAUGUGAUUAUCAAUACCAGCAUAAGCAUGGAGGAGAAGAAGGAGCAUGUCAAUGGUGCUAAAGAGUUGAACCAUUCUGAUGAAAUGAUUACCAUUGUCAUGGAAAAAACCGAUGGCGAUAAGAAGAUAAUGGUGGAGGAGCCAACCGAAAUUGCCAUAUCCAGGACUGCCUCCUCCAAUCGAUGCCAGAAGCAAGCCAAAAAGCGAGGUGUGUUCGGCCUCUUUCAGGCGCUGUUCAUGUCCUUCAGCAGCAGCACCACCACAAAGAAGAUGGAUGUCACCACCGCCAUGGGUGACAAGAAAAAGUUUGACAUGAUCGGCGUCAACAAUGGGGACAAGGAAGCGAUGGACAUUGUGGCAAGAUCAUCCAGUGAUGUCACCUCAUGGAAGAACCUCGUCGAUGGCAUGCGCCCACUCCGCCUCUAUGGGCAGCUGGAGUACUACCCACCGCCGUCGCCCGAUAGGACCGAGGGCGUGACCAGCCGCUACUCAUCCACCGAGGACCUACGGGAGCUGGGCAAUUAUUCCCAUGAAAAAGAAGAGGAGGUAGAGGAGGAUUCUCCAACGACAGAGGAUGGUGGCUACAGCUCCAAUGCAAUCGACAGGCAGGCUGAGGAGUUCAUUGCAAAGUUCUAUGAGCAAUUUAGGCUGCAAAAGUCAGAUUCAUUAAACAACUGGGCCGAUUAAUUGUCAUCUUGACCUUAAAAUUUACAUUUGUGCCUACUCUCUCACGAUGAACAUGACAUAUGUGUGGGGAGAGGAAGACAAGUCCAUUGCAGUGCAGUCACAAGAUGAUAUUUGUGCGUACCAAAGACCUGUUUGGCAUCCAUAAUCAUAUUCUAUUGCUUCUCCUUGUAAAUCUUCUAAGAAGUUGUUAUUGCUAGAUUUUAUAAGUCAGAAAAAAUACAUGAUAGAUUUUAGGAGAGAAUGGUGCAGUUGAUUACACACAUGAAUGACUUAUUACCUCUUGCACAUUUUCUCAA